GCAGCUCCUUUCCCGGCAUCCACCAGGAGGGCCGUGCACCGCCAUGGACGACGCGAGGAAGGGCCAGCAGCCGGCGGCGCGCCGGGGCGACGAGAAGCAAGCUGCUGCUAAGGAGAAGGACAAGAAGGCCAAUGGCGAGAAAGAGCAGGAGCAAGAGCUGUCUGAAGAGGAUAAGCAGCUGCAAGAAGAGCUGGAGUUGCUUGUGGAAAGACUGAGUGAACCAAAUGCUCAACUUUAUCGAGCUGCUCUGGAGGAGCUCCGAAGGCAAAUUCGUUCUUCAACCACUUCCAUGACAUCUGUUCCUAAGCCACUCAAGUUCCUUCGACCACAUUAUGAAAAGCUGAAAGAAAUUUAUGAAGGAAUGCCAUCAGGAGAAAAUAAGCGAUUCUGUGCUGACAUUGUGUCAGUAUUAGCCAUGACCAUGAGUGGAGAGCGGGAAUGUCUGAAAUAUAGGCUUCUAGGAUCUCAAGAAGAAUUAGCUUCUUGGGGGCAUGAAUAUGUCAGGCAUUUGGCUGGUGAAGUUGCAAAAGAAUGGCAGGAGAUAGAUGAGAAUGAUAAAGCUCAACAUGAGGUAUUGCUCAAUCUGGUAAAAGCAGUGGUUCCCUAUAAUAUGGCUCACAAUGCUGAACACGAAGCAUGUGACCUUCUCAUGGAAAUUGAACGUCUUGAUAUGCUAGAAGAGUAUAUUGAUGAAAAUGCAUUUUCUAAAGUCUGCUUAUAUUUAACAAGCUGUGUCAGUUAUGUUCCUGAUCCUGAAAAUUCUGAACUGCUUCGGUGUGCUCUUAGUAUUUUCCGAAAAUUCAACAGAUACCCUGAGGCUCUGCGUCUUGCACUGAUGCUGAAUGACAUGAAAUUAGUCGAAAGUAUAUUUGCUUCCUGUAAAGAUGUUAUAAUACAGAAGCAAGUAGCGUUUAUGUUGGGUCGUCACGGUGUAUUCUUGGAACUAAAUGAGGACGUGGAAGAUUAUGAGGAUCUGACAGAAAUAAUGUCAAAUGUCCAAUUAAACAGUAAUUUCUUGGCCCUUGCACGAGAAUUGGACAUUAUGGAGCCUAAAGUUCCAGAGGAUAUUUACAAGACACAUUUAGAAAACAACCGUUUUGGAAGCACUGGCUCCCAGAUAGAUUCUGCGCGAAUGAAUCUAGCUUCUUCAUUUGUUAAUGGUUUUGUGAAUGCUGCAUUUGGUCAAGAUAAACUACUGACAGAAGAUGGCAAUAAAUGGCUUUAUAAAAACAAAGACCAUGGCAUGCUAAGUGCUGCAGCAUCGUUGGGAAUGAUACUACUUUGGGAUGUUGAUGGGGGACUGACACAGAUUGACAAGUAUUUGUAUUCAUCGGAGGAUUAUAUUAAGUCUGGUGCCUUGCUAGCAUGUGGUAUUGUAAAUUCUGGUGUCCGGAAUGAGUGUGAUCCAGCUCUUGCUCUUCUCUCAGAUUAUGUCCUGCAUAGCAGUAAUACAAUGAGAAUUGGAGCCAUCUUUGGGCUUGGGCUUGCUUAUGCAGGAUCCAAUCGGGAAGAUGUAUUGGCUCUUUUGCUUCCUGUGAUUCAAGAUUCUAAAUCUAGCAUGGAGGUAAUAGGUGUGACUGCUUUGGCAUGUGGAAUGAUUGCAGUGGGCUCUUGCAAUAAGGCUGUCAAUACCAGCAUCAAGGAAGCUAUAACGAAAAAAUCUGAGCAAGAGUUGAAAGACACUUAUGCAAGGUGGCUGCCAUUAGGCCUAGGUCUCAACCAUUUAGGAAAAGGAGAGGCCAUUGAGGUAAUUUUGGCUGAUCUAGAAGUGGUUUCCGAGCCUUUCCGUAGCUUUGCCAAUACUUUGAUUGAUGUCUGUGCCUAUGCAGGCUCUGGUAAUGUACUGAAAGUCCAGCAGUUACUUCACAUUUGCAGUGAGCAUUUUGAUUCAAAAGAGAAGGAAGAUGAUAAGGACAAAAAGAAAGAGAAAGAUAAGGACAAAAAGGAAAAUGCUGCAGAUAUGGGAGCACAUCAGGGGGUGGCAGUGCUUGGUAUUGCUUUAAUUGCCAUGGGAGAAGAGAUUGGAGCAGAAAUGGCUCUGCGUACAUUUGGCCAUCUCUUACGGUAUGGUGAGCCUACUUUAAGACGUGCUGUACCUUUGGCACUGGCACUGAUUUCAGUCUCUAAUCCACGGUUGAGUAUACUGGACACUUUGAGCAAAUUCUCUCAUGACGCUGAUGCAGAAGUUUCUCAUAAUUCUAUCUUUGCCAUGGGUAUGGUUGGAAGUGGUACCAACAAUGCCAGGUUGGCUGCCAUGCUGAGGCAAUUAGCACAGUACCAUGCAAAGGAUCCAAAUAAUCUUUUCAUGGUUAGAAUAGCACAGGGUUUGACUCAUCUUGGAAAGGGAACACUCACACUGUGUCCAUACCACAGUGAUAGACAACUGAUGAGCCAAGUAGCAGUGGCUGGUCUUCUCACCGUACUGGUCUCAUUCCUCGAUGUAAAGAACAUAAUUCUUGGGAAGUCCCAUUAUAUUCUCUAUGGACUGGUUGCAGCAAUGCAACCUCGUAUGCUAGUUACUUUCGAUGAAGAGCUCCAUCCUUUGCCGGUAUCAGUCCGUGUUGGCCAGGCUGUGGAUGUUGUAGGGCAAGCAGGAAAGCCCAAGACUAUCACAGGAUUUCAGACGCACACCACGCCUGUGCUAUUAGCACAUGGUGAAAGAGCUGAAUUGGCAACUGAAGAGUACACACCUCUAACCCCAAUCCUAGAGGGAUUUGUCAUUUUGCGCAAAAAUCCCAAUUAUAGUGUGUAGUUUGUACCUAAUAUUUGGCCCUCUGUAUAUGGAGUUUCUUUUGAAGAAGUCAUCCAUAGAUCUAUGCCCGCAAAUACUGUUGAUCUAUUGGUGAAAUAUUUGCAACUUUACUCUUGAGCCAGUUUUGAAUAUUGGUUCAGAGCUUCUAUAUUUUAUAUUACUUUUACCGCAUGAUGGAUGUUCUUCAUUAAAUUUUGUUAUAAUUCUACAGUAUCUAAAUAAACUUAUUUCUGGUCCAUAAAUCUAGGUUUGUUUGCAGUUUUAAUAUUUUAGUGAUUUUUGUUCUAUUUAUGUCCCAUAUUAUGCUAUCAGUGCACAUGAUGUAUUAAUAUCACCGUUUUAAACUAAUAUCAAAAAGAGGGGACAUUUAGAGCAGGAAAAAAACUUUUUAAAACCAUCUUGUACAAACAGAACAAAUGAAUUGUUUCCAUGUUUCUGAUCAAGCUCCAUAUGAUCCCUAUUGAAACAAACUUUUGAUGCAUGUGAAAAUCAUUUAAGAAAAAAGUGUGCUUGACUAGGUGUCACGGUGGCAUAGUGGUUAGUGCAGUGCUAUUACAGCUUGGGGUGUCUUAGAGAUCAAUUCAGUGAGAACAUCAGAUAGAUAUUUUGGGUUUGAUUUGUUUUACUGAUAAUUAAAGGAAUGCCUCCCCUUCCACAGCACACUUUUCUCCCCAGUGAUCUACUUUUAUUUUUUGUAUUUUUAUAUUGAUAAAUCUUUUCGUGGUAUAGUGUCAGCAAUGUAAUUUAGAUAACUAUGGCUUUUAUAAUGCUGGUAUAUGUUGCUGGCUUGCGUAUUCUACAGUGAAAAGUGUAACUGAGUAUCUCAUUAUGAGUUUUGGGAGGAGAAGAAACCUGUGUUAGCAAAAAAAGAUAGGAUUCAGGUGAUGUUUUUGAGGGCAUAGGUAUCAUGCAUCUUACAAUGAUACAGGAAUAGGCUAUCUUAGGUCAGUGCCAGCAAUUACAUUAGUUCCAUUCAACUUUAUUUUCUGUGCUCCAAGAAAAUUAUUUAACAAUUUGUUACAAUUUAUCAUGGAAAUAUAAAGUUGAUCUAUUGCUAAAAGGUACUUUAAUUGAGAAAAUAUGGUUUCACAGAGGAUUAUUAGAGUCAGCAUAAUAACAGCUUGGAACCAGCCCCCUUCGUUCAACAUUCAUCCCAUCAUGGUGCUGAUCAUACUAGUCCCAUUUGCUUGCAUUUGACUUGUAUCCCUCUAAACCCUUCCUAUCCAUGUACCUAUUCAAAAUGGCUUUUGAGUGUUCUUAUUAUUCCUGCCUCAAUUUUCCCUGGUAGUCCAUUCCAUAUAUGCACCACCCUCUAUAAGAAAAAGUUGCUGCCUGGGUCCCUCUAAAAUCUUUCAGCUCUCACUUAAACCUAUUUAAUUUUUUUAAAGAUUAAAGUUUGUCAUGAGCCUUGUGGCCCAUCAGACCAGUGCUUAUACCGGUUUCUGUGGUCUGAAGCAACUGAGAGUACGAGACUCCCCCCCCCCCCCCCGAAUAGGACGCCAGUCUAUCGCAAGGUUAAACCUAUACCCACCAGUUUUUAGUUCCCCUCCCAUUGGAAAAAGAUUCUAUAUUUACCCUAUGCCCCUCAUAAUUUUAUGCACCUCUAAAAGGUCACGCCUCAAUCUCCUUUGCUCCAAAGAAUAAAGUCCCAACCUGCUUAACCUCUCCCUAUAGGGGUCAGUGCCCUCAAGUCAUGGCUGCAUCCUCAUAAAUCUUCACGGCAGUCUUUCCAGAUUAUUAAUGUAUUUCCUAUGACAGAACAUCUGAAACUAUACCCAAUAUUCCAAGUGCAGUCUCACCAGCAUCUUGUACAACUGUAAUAUGUUCCAACUCAUACAGUGCCCUGUCUGAUGAAAGCCAGCAUCCUAAACUCACUUCCACCAACUACCUGUGAUGCCACCUGUACUUGGAUGUACUGUACCUGUAUUCCUGGGUCCCUUUAUUCCAAAGCACUCCCCAAUUGAAAGCUGAGCUAAAAAUCAAAAUGUAAAAGUAAUAGGCAAGUCAAGUUAUCUGGAAGCCUCUUGGGCUGGAGCUUAGCAUGUGAUACCAUCUGCAUCGAAGAACCCAAAAUUAACAUGAUGGCAUGACUACUGUAACGAUUUCUCCUUCCAGUAAAAAUUUUUAUCCCCUCCCCUCCCCUCUUCUAUUCCCCACUCUGGCUUUUUAUCUCUGCUCACCUGCCUAUCACUUUCCCCAGGUCUCCUGCUCCUUCCCUUUCUCCCGUGGUACACUCUCCUCUCCUACCAGGUUCCUCCUUCAGCUCUUUACCUUUCCCAUCCACUGGCUUCACAUAUCACUUUCUAGCUAGCCUCCUUUCCCCUCCUCCCCCCCCCCACCCCCACCUUUUCUUCUCUGGUGUCUUCCCCCUUCCGUUUUAGUCCUGAAGAAGGGUUUCGGCCUGGAACAUCAACUGUUUAUUCAUUUCCAUGGAUGCUGCUUGACCUGAGUUCUUCCAGCAUUUUGUGUGUGUUGCCUUGGAUUUCCAGCAUCUGCAGACUUUACAUGGCACAGAAGCAAGUUUAGUUAUUUUUGUUUGUCACAGACUCAUAGCAAAGUAGAGAUUUGACUCUGAAGUAACCCUCCUUCAAGCUAUCUUUUGCAUAUGCUGUAGUGAUGUGCACAGGAUUUCAAAUGAAUAUGAAGUAUGACUUGUGCAAAAUUAGUAAAUUUCUUUUGAUUUAAAUUCAUAUGUCCAUGAGAUCCAUCUUAUUAUUUCACUAGCUAUGUCAAUAACAACUUACAUUGAAUGGAAAAUUUCAUUGAAUAAUAAAUCAUACCUAAAUUCCUCUUGUAUAUUUUACAACUG